CCGCUGGACGUCUCCCAGACAGUCCAGCGGUUCGUAGCCUCAGCCGACCGCAAAUUCGUCUGCGGAAUCACACAGCAAGGCAUAUACCUGUGGUCGCUGAAGCCAUUUGCAUUACUAAGCAGUCUUGAGUACGACCCAAUCGAGGAGUUUGGCACCCUGGUUGAUAUUGCAUGGAAGCCCGAUUCACGCACGCUCUUUGCUGUGCUCAGCCACGGAUAUGUGUAUGAGAUCUCUGUGUACGAGCGGGAAGAGCCAGCGCUCGAGUACCGGUUCGCGGUGCAGCAUUACUUUGUGCGUGGGCCGGGCGAGGCACAGGGGAUUCCGUCGGUUGGCUUUGGCACAGCGGCGCACAUACAAAUUGCCGGGCGACGAGACCAUGGCUGUGUGUGCGGCCAGCAGCAUACAUGGGGCGAUGGUAGCUACACGUACACACGUGCACUGGCUGUCGUGGGACGGCGCCAUGAAAAAGAGCAUGGGUGUGCGCGACAUAUACGACAACCCGCUUGUGCAUAUCUGCCAGAUUGUGCCGAUCGAGUGCCGUUGCGGGCCAUCCACUGUCUCGGUUGACCUGUUUCUAUUCAGUGAUGGCUCAGUGCACAUGGCAUUUGCUGGUAGCGCUGACGGGAAACAGCCAGCGACAGUGCGUACGCUCCGGGCACAGGACGUGGCAGGCAAAUUCACGGUUCUUGAUUACAGCAGCGUAAGCCAAACGAUGGCCGUGGGCACCACCAGCGGCGAGGUUUUGGUCUAUGGCAUCAGAGCUGGGUCACUGGAUCUCGUGACAAAGAUUCCCUUCGACCAUGGCAAGGCCGCACAUGUGUCGGCAGUAUCCUGGACACCUGAUGGCGCUGCUGUCGCAUGCGGGUACUCAACUGGCCACAUAGUUGUGCGUACAGUGCUCGGAUAUGAGCUCAAUGCCACGCACCUGUCCAACCAGCCUGUGCAGCCGCAGCAAGGCGACAGUGCAGUGCCAGCACCGUCGAUGCUGGUGUGGGGCCAGGGGGCGACCCGUCUGUUUGCUUUCAGCGACUGCUUGGCAGGCCAGGACCGCACUCUGGUAUCUCAGCAGGUCGAUUCGCUGCCGUUUGUCCGUGCAGCCCUGUCAACGAUGCCUGGUGAGGGCAACUCCAAGCACAUCUGCCUGUACUCUGGACGACAAGGUGUUUAUGCACCACUGCGAAUUCGAGGCACAGGAACUCGGCGUCCAGCAGCAGGGCCUAUUGUGGUAUGUAGCGCAGAUUCCAUCCGACAUACAUUGGCGACAACUGGCCGCUGCGCUUUGUUGCUGCUGACGAUGACGGCCAGCACAUUGCCAUCGCUGGUGUGCAUGGUCCUGGCGUCGUACAAUUUAUCGUCAGGCAAGUGGCGCCUGUUCCGCAACCAGCAGCAAGAAACGUCAGUCUCGUGUGUGGGUGGCCUACUGUGGUAUCGCGACUACCUGGUAGCUGCCUGCGUCAACCACGACUGCCAGGAUGCUCCGCAGCUGCUGUUCUUCCCAAAGAACCGGCCUCUGGACACUACCAGUGACCUGCACACGGUAGCGCUAGAGUCCGAGCCCGUUUCGAUCACCUGCCACAAUUCCAUAUUGCUGGUAUAUUGCCGUAACCAGACCGUCUACCAGUAUGCCAUUUUCGAUGAUGCCAAUUUCAUCCAGGUGUCAUUCCGCCGGUCGGUCGAUCUCGGCCGAUUCACAGACGCUCAGCGGCUUCGCUCGCUGCAGUGGGUGCCCAGCGCUUUGUUUGACCACCGGCCUGCGUUCCUCGUCCACCAGGGAACGACCCUGCGCGUCCUGCAAGGAGUCUGAUGACGGACGAAUCUCGGCAAUGGUGGUCAGCGACAAGUGCGAGUUCACUAUUACCUCUGGUGUCAACUUUGGCAAUAUGCAUUCCAUUGUCUGGUGGUUUAACGGCACCCAGCUCUUCGCAUCCCUGGUGUCGCUUGAGGACUUUAUGGACGGCGGCACCACGU